AUGACUAUUAAUGAUAUGGGAGGGAAUGAUUGGCGAAAGCCAAUAGUCGACUAUCUACGUAAUCCUACGGGGUUGACAGAUUGCAAGAUCAAAUAUAGGGCUCUUCGCUAUGUUUUAAUGGGAAAUGAGUUGUUUAAAAAGACAAUCGAAGGAGUUUUGCUUAAAUACCUGGGAGAGAGUGAAGCAUUAGUGUCUGUGUCGAAUGUACAUAGUGGGACAUGUGAUGCACAUCAAGCUGAGAAGAAAAUAAGAUGGUUGUUAAUGCAUUCAGGGGUUUAUUGGCCUUCCAUGUUGAAAGAUUGCAUUGAAUUUGCUAGAGGUUGUCAGGAAUGCCAAUUGCAUGGAGGCAUACAGCAUAUGCCUGUAAGCGAGUUACAUACGAUUGUAAAACCAUGGCCAUUCAGAGGAUGA